AAGAUUAAGGAGGAGGUCUGGGGUCUGGGUUGUGGACAGUGUUUGAAGAGGAGGAACAUAUCAGACAUUGGGAUUACAUAGCUCACCAGCUGUCUCCAUGGCUGUCCUGUGCUGUGCUGUCUUGGUGCUUGUGUGUGUUUUGCACUCGGCCUCAGACACUGUUGUAUCUGACAUGGACUAUGGAGGUGUUCCGCUGUGGAUCAACCGCAUUUUGGGCGAGCCCAGUGUGAUGAGCCUGCAGGGGCGGAUGGACCAAGCCUGGUUUCAAACCAGCAACCCCCAGGCCUGUCCUCAACAGUGUGAAUGCCCCAUUCAGUGGCCCACAGCCCUCUACUGUGACAAUAGAGGCCUGGCAGAGCUGCCUGACAGCCUGCCGGACACAGUUCAGUACCUGUUUCUACAGGGCAACAACAUCUCGUCCUUGUCUUCCUCCGUUCUGUCCAACGUUACUGGGAUGCACUGGCUCAUCCUGGACCGCAACCAGCUACAGAGCGACAAGCUGGACCCCGCUGCCCUGCAAAAGCAGACCCAGCUCUCCCACUUCUUUGCCAACCACAACCACCUGAGUUCAGUGCCUCGUGCUUUACCAGCUGGACUCAAGCAGCUGCGACUGGCCCACAAUCAAAUCAGCAGCAUCAGCUCUGGAGCUUUCCAGAACCUACACAACCUGACGCUGCUGCUGCUGCAGGGAAACAAACUGCAAACCAUCACAGAUGGAGACCUCAAAGGUUUGGUCAGUCUGAACCUGCUGGACCUCAGUGGGAAUCUGUUUUCUACCAUCCCCGUGCAUUUACCUCCCUCCAUCCAGCAGCUUUAUCUAUCCAAUAACUCUCUCUCUGGGCUGGAUGAGGACAGUUUUGUAAAGCUUCUCAACCUCAAGUACCUCCGUCUGAGUCACUGUGGUUUGCAGAGCCGUAGCAUCCACCCGCAGGUCUUCAACUUCUCCAGCUUGGUGGAACUGGACCUUUCUUAUAACAAACUUACAACCAUUCCCACGGUCCCCACCACCCUGCAGUACCUCUACAUGGAGGCCAAUGAAAUACAAGAGUUCAACGUGACCAGUUUCUGCAGAGAGGUGGGACCUAUGUCUUACUCCACGAUGAAAAUCCUAAGACUGGAUGGAAACAAAAUGUCCUACCACCAGCUGCCCCCCAACUGGGUCUUCUGUCUGCGAGUGCUUGAAAGUAUUUACAUCUGAUUCCACUUUCUGAACAGGAUUUCUGUAUGUGACUGGCCAGCCUCAUGUUGUGGUACUAAUAAGAAAAACGCACAGUAAAUUUAGGAUUUUUUAAAAUUUUGUUAGGCAGCUCAUCAUUUGUGAAUACACACCAGAGAGGAUCUUGUAAAUACAUGUUAGCUAAAGUGAAAACAAACUUUCAGAAGAUGCUUGACCUUGAACACUACACCAGCAUUCUUUUAUUGUAGUGCCAAAAGUUCUGAUGAAAACAUUUCUCAGUGCAUUCUGCUGAGUUUCUCUCUACAUCUUUUCUGGGUUCAGCCUCAGCAGGGUAGUACAUCUGUGUGCUAUUAGCAAAUAAGA